AUGUUCAGAGCCACCCGAGUCCCCUGCUCCGCCCUCCGCCCCUUGAAGACCUCUACGAAUAUCUUUGGUCUCCCUGUCCACCAAAACCCCCUGCCCGCCCUCACCACCAUCUACACCACCACCCUCGCAUCCCUGACACACCUCCCCUCCACAUCAGUCUACCGCCAAGCCACGGAGGCGAUCACCAAGCACCGAAUGUCGAUCGUCGAGCAGGCGCAAGGGAAUGUGGAGGAGGCCGAGGAGAAGCUGGGCGGUAGGGUGGUGGAAUGGGUUAUCGAGGAGGCUGAAAGAGAGGCGGCUUUGGCAGCAAAGGCGGUUGAGUGGAAGGUUUGGGAACCUCUUGUUGAAGAACCUGCUCCUCAACAAUGGCGAUACUUUGAGCCCCUGAGCGACGACGCUUGA